AUGAGCCAGGAGAUCCACAGCCAGUACGACUCGAUCUUGAUUCUUGACUUUGGCUCGCAGUACUCGCAUAUUAUUACGCGCCGAUGCCGCGAGCUGAAUGUGUACUGCGAGAUGCUGCCAUGCACGCAAAAGAUGGCGGAUCUUGCAUGGAAGCCCAAGGGUAUCAUUCUCUCGGGCUCGCCGUACUCGGUGUACGAUGAUGUGGCUCCGCGCGUGGAUCCUGCUGUCUUUACGUACGGAGUCCCGGUACUGGGUAUAUGCUACGGGCUGCAGGAAAUGGCAUGGAACCACGGCGGCCACGUCGAUCCGCACGACACUCGGGAGUAUGGCCACGCUACGAUCCAAGUGCUGCAGACGGGCAACAGCGUGUGCGACGCGUUGCUGGGUGGAAUUGGAUCUGACUUGACGGUGUGGAUGUCGCACGGUGAUCAACUGUCCAAGAUGCCUGACAACUUCGAAGUCAUCGCCCACACAGCCACGGCGCCCUACGCUGCCAUCGCGCACAAGGAAAAGCCGUUCUAUGGCAUCCAGUUCCAUGCUGAAGUGACGCACACCACCUGCGGUAAAGCUAUUUUCGAAAACUUUGUCGACCGGAUCUGUGGAUGCAAGCGCAACUGGACCAUGGAGACGUUUAUUGACAAGGAAAUCGCUCGUAUCCGUGAAUUGGUCGGUCCUACGAGCCGUGUGAUUGGCGCCAUCUCUGGUGGUGUGGACAGCAGCGUGGCUGCCAAGAUCAUGCAUGAAGCCAUCGGCGAUCGCUUCCAUGCCAUCAUGGUCGACAACGGCGUGCUGCGCAUGGACGAGGCCAAGCAGGUACACGACAUGCUUUCCACGCACCUGGGUGUACAGUUGACCGUCGUGGAUGCCUCGGAUCUGUUCCUAAGUCGCCUCAAGGACGUGGAAGACCCGGAGAAGAAGCGCAAAAUCAUCGGAAACACGUUUAUUGAGGUGUUUGAGCGCGAAGCCGAGCGGCUCGAGAAGGAGGCCGAGGCCCAGGCGGCCACCACGGGCUCGGGCAAGUACGAGUUCCUCCUACAGGGCACGCUGUACCCGGACGUGAUUGAGAGCAUCAGCUUCAAGGGCCCCAGUGCCACGAUCAAGACGCACCACAACGUGGGCGGCCUGCUCGAGGACAUGAAGCUCAAGCUGAUUGAGCCGCUGCGUGAGCUGUUCAAGGACGAGGUUCGUGAACUCGGCAUGCUUAUGGGCAUACCCAAGCAUCUCGUCAUGCGCCAUCCCUUCCCUGGCCCUGGCCUGGCGAUCCGUAUUCUCGGUCCUGUCACGCGUGAGCAGGUCAAGUUGCUGCAGCAGGUUGACCGGAUCUAUCUGGACGAGAUCUGGAAGGCGGGCGUGUACAACGACAUCAGCCAGGCAUUUGCUGUGCUGCUGCCCGUGCGUGCGGUGGGUGUACAGGGUGACAAGCGGACAUACGAUCAGGUGAUUGCCCUGCGUGCGGCAUCAACGAGCGAUUUUAUGACUGCGACGUGGUAUCCAUUUGACUAUGCACUGCUGUCUCGCAUUUCGAAUCGCAUUACGAACGAGGUCCAGGGCGUAAAUCGUGUCGUGCUUGAUGUGUCGUCGAAGCCGCCUGCAACCAUCGAGUGGCUGUAA